AUGUACCGCAAGACUAUCUGUGAUGCAUUGGCUCGUUUUAGCUCAAGGCCGUCGAUUUAUUUCAAUGGCAACGUUUCCGAAUCACCGACCAAGAGGCGCCACUCGUUCUCUCACCAGCGAUAUUAUACUUGGCCAUCGAACAGUCAACCCACACCAUACGAGGUGAUGGGGAUUCAGGAAUAUGCCAAAUAUCCCAAAUCCAGAUACUUCGACCUUGUAAAGGUUUAUCAUCCCGACAGCAAAGCGAGCCUCUUAGCCGAAAAAAUGCCCAAGGAAGAACGCCUAGCGCGAUACCGGCUCAUCGUCGAUGCCCACAAAAUCCUCUCCGAUGACGAAAAGCGAUCGGCAUAUGAUGCAUAUGGCCUUGGCUGGACUCUGCCAACCAGACGUCGUGGCAUUCAUCGACGGAGCUAUCCCGAUACGAGAUACUCUACGCGGAAUGAUUAUGGAUUCAAUCACGAAGCCGAGGAAGAAUUCUUCAAACACUUAUCUGGGAACAAGAAAUUCAUUUGUUUCAUCAUGGUCAUUUUUAUUUUUGCACAGACAUGUGUGUUUAUAAGCUCUUUGGCGAAAGCGGAGCUACAGAUGAGGCGAACGGAUGAACAAUGUCGAGAGCUCAUGAUUUGCCACAAAGACCGAGCUCUCGACUUGAAGACCCUGACAGCUCAGAUUGAACGGCUUUUAUUGAAGAGAGAUCCUUCUGGUACUGGGCUUCUUCCGACCGAGGAGCAAUUUUACCGUGAAAUGCUUCCCCUCUGUACCUACUAG